AUGCCACAAUUAAGUCACGGACAAUACAAAGUGACGAAAAAAUGUCAAAAAGCUUGCGAGAGAUGUCGGGUGAUGAAGGUCAAGUGCUCUGGAUCGCAACCGUGUACACGAUGCGACCGCAAGAAGCACAGAUGUAUCUUUGCCGCUGAGGACAAGAGGGUAUCAGUUCCGGAAAGUUACCUCCGUGAACUCCAGAGUCGAAACAGUGACCAGGCCUCGGACCGGUCGGUCAGGGCGCCGAGUCGAGGAGAUGAUGCUGAAGAUGUUCCGCCUCGCUACAGUGAGCCGUAUGCAACGCCACACCGGAAUCCGUUGCCCCGACAGGAGGAAGCGGUUGGCCAGUUGGAAACGCCAAGUCAUGACAGCCCACAGCUCGGCGGGGACCCGCAAUCUGAGCCCGAGUCCGAUCGUGAUGAACAUGAACACGAUCGUGUGCCUCCACACCAUGGGGACUUUGGGCCAGGAUUCCGGCAGAACCCUUUGGUAGAUAAUGACUAUACGUUUGCGAAAGCCGGUGGCAAGUACUGGUACAUGGGACCGACCUCAUCAUGGUCCUUUUGCCGUCGGGUGCUAGCCCUGCUUGGCAAGAGAAUUCCAGAGGCAGCGCCAGACCCAUGGCAUCUCCCUCAUGAAGGUGCUUUCAGGAUGCAAUGGAAACCAUUAGGUUACAACGAGACGCCUGACGUGUCGAACCUCCCGCCUCUCGACUAUGCCAAGUUCCUUUUCAACACAGCCAAGUUUUACCUUGGUGCAGUCUUCUACCUCAUCGACGAGCCAGCGUUCAUGAAGCACCUUCACGAAUUUUAUGAAGACCCUUCCGCCAAAGCCAGCUCGUCAAGGUUAUGGUACGCGCAGUACCUUUUGAUACUCGCAUUCGGGAAAGCCUUUGUGGUAUCCAGUGGCAGCGCACAUACGGGACCGGCGGGCGUCCAAUACGCUACCAGGGCAAUGGCACUGCUGCCAGAUCUGUCGGGUCUUAAUCCGGAUACGAUCUCUUCCAUCCAGGCUCUUGCGUUGGCGGCUGUCUACUUCCAGUGUCUGGAUAUGAGAUUAGCAGCAUUUCAACACAUCGGCCAGGCGUUGCGUAUUAGCAUCGUUGAAGGCAUUUACAGGCACAUGCCAGAAGAAGUCGUCGGCAUCGAGCACUCAAGGCGCUGCAAUAUCGUCUUUUGGGUGGUGUACACCCUGGACCGCGAGUUUGCCGCUCUCAUGGGAGCGCCGAGUUCCAUCCGGGACGAAGAUAUUACCGUGAAGCUUCCUUCUCAGGUCGACAAUUCGCUCGACGCACUGAACAUGACUCUUCACGUUCGGAUUUCGCGCCUCAUGGCGCGCAUUCUUACAACUGUGUACGGCGUGGGCAAGUCGUUCGACGGCUCACUUGUCCCCAACACUCAGUCAAUCCUAAGGGACUUGGCUCGUCUAUCCAGAGAUUUGACAGCGCUCCUCGACACCCACUUCCAGGGGUCGGUGAGUAGGGCGUCGAGGAUGGCAUUGAGACUUAUACUCUCGUAUCACCACUGUGUAGUUCUCACCACCCGACCUCUCGUAAUGUGUGCCCUGCACAUUCAUAUCGAGCAUUCCGACCUAAGGAAUACGCAAACAGUCUCGUUGACACCGCCUGUCGCAUCAUUACUACAAUCCUGUGUGGACUCUGCUCAGACAGUUCUCCGAACUCUCCGAGUAUUGGGCGACGACGACUUGCUAGGUAAGCUUUUUUGGCACAUUCAUUUGAACCCGGUUUCCGUACACAAUGCUGACUCCCCUUCAGAAGCUUUCUUGCCAUUCCAACUGGAAGACGCCUUCUCAUCCGCAUUCCUCCUCUACCUCAUCCGCGUUAUCGACCCUUCUUUACUCCAUGACGACACCUGGUGCGAGAACAUCAAAUGCGUCUUGGACAGGAUGAUUGCAAAGGGAAGUCUCGUGGCUCCUCUGAGAAAGCUGGAACUCAGCCAGCUCGAGCACAUCAUGACCGCCUUGACUCCCGCCCCGGAACAGGCUCCUACUCCGUCACCGAGCACGGCACAUCCGCACCACCACGACCAUGGUUCAUUCUUGGAUCAGAUGGAAGAGCCUGGGUGGGACAUAUUUGAUACCAGCGGAAUGGGCGGUCUCUCGCCGCAGGCAUUACUGGACCUGGCUGAGCGACUGGACGUUGAAGACUUGAUGCAGUCUGUGGAUCACGAAGUGCAAUGA